AUGGCAUCCCGAACCGUGACCCCCAUGCUCCGACAAUCUCUACGCGUCUCGUCGCGGGCUUCACGCCGCUUCCUCAACACCGAAACAGCGCCAAGUCUAUACUCAGCUCGCGCGCAUGUCAUCGGCGCACGCACAGGCCACGUCGACGGCGAGUCGCUAAAAGUCGACUUGACCAUGGCCAAAGCCCUCGGCGGCCCGGGCGACAAAGACAAGACCAACCCUGAAGAGCUGUUCGCCGCGGGCUACGGCGCGUGCUUCCAAUCCGCCAUGAACGCCGUGGCGCCGACGCUGGGCGUCAAGAUGCCUUCGAAGCCUGAAGACAGUGUUGUGGAGAGCACGGUGCAUUUGGUGGGGUCGAUGAAGGACUUGGAUAUGGGGUUGAGGGUGGAAUUGUUGGUUAGGGUGCGGGGUAUUGAGAAGGAGAAGUUGGAGGAGGUGGUGUACAAGGCGAGACAGGUGUGUCCGUAUAGUAGAGCGACGAAGGACAAUGUUUGGACGACGGUGAGGUGCGAGACGAUGUAG